AAAGGGGCGCGGGCCUCACAGGCAGGGCGCAGAAGCCCGUGGGUCUGUGCUUAUGGCUCCUUGCCAGGCUGGGAGGAUGAGGCUCGCGGUGGGCGCCCUGCUGGCCAGUGCUAUCCUAGGGCUGGGCCUUGCCAUCCCGGAGAAGACGGUCCGGUGGUGCGCUGUGUCCGACCAUGAGGGCAGCAAGUGUGCCGCGUUCCGUGACAUCAUGAAAACCGUCCUCCCGGCAGACGGCCCCCAGCUCGCCUGCGUGAAGAAAGCCUCCAGCCAUGACUGCAUCAAGGCCAUCUCGGGGAAGGAAGCGGAUGCGGCCACGGUAGAUGGUGGUUUGGUCUAUGAAGCGGGCCUGGCUCCCAACAACCUGAAGCCUGUCGUGGCAGAGUUCUACGGAUCACCAGAGAAGCCUCAAACUGACUACUACGCGGUGGCCGUGGUGAAGAAAGGCACUGACUUCCAGAUGAACCAGCUCCAGGGCAAGAAGUCCUGCCACACGGGGCUGGGCAGGUCUGCGGGGUGGAACAUUCCCAUCGGCUGGCUCUACUGUGAUUUACCCGAGCCCCGGAAGCCCCUGGAGAAAGCAGUGGCCAAUUUCUUCUCGGGUAGCUGUGUCCCCUGCGCAGAUGCGGCUGCCUUCCCCAAACUGUGUCAGCUCUGCCCAGGGUGUGGCUGCUCCUCCCAGAACCCAUACUUUGGCUACGUCGGUGCCUUCAAGUGUCUGAGGGACGGUGGUGGAGAUGUGGCCUUUAUCAAGCACGCCACCAUAUUUGAGGUCCUGCCCGAGAAGGCCGACAGGGACCAGUAUGAGCUGCUGUGUCCGGACAACACCCGGAGGCCGGUGGACGAGUACGAGCAGUGCUACCUGGCCCGGGUGCCCUCCCACGCCGUGGUGGCCCGGAGCGUGGACGGCAAGGAGGACCUGAUCUGGGAGAUCCUCAACAAGGCCCAGGAACAUUUCGGCAAAGGCAAAUCGAAGGACUUCGACCUCUUCAGUUCUCCCCACGGGAAGAACCUCAUGUUCAAGGACUCUGCUGUGGGCUUCUUACGGAUUCCCCCGGGGAUGGACUACAAGCUGUACCUGAGUCAUCAAUACAUCACCACCCUUCGGAACCAACGGGAAGGCAUAUGCCCGGCUGAGGCUCAGGAGGAGUGCAAGAGCGUGAAGUGGUGUGCCCUCAGCCACCACGAGAGGCUCAAGUGUGACCAGUGGAGCGUCAACAGCGGAGGGGAGAUAGAAUGCGAGUCGGCAGAGACCCCCGAGGACUGUAUCGCCAAGAUUGUGAAUGGAGAGGCGGACGCCAUGAGCGUGGACGGAGGAUACGUGUACAUUGCAGGCCAGUGCGGUCUGGUGCCUGUCCUGGCCGAGAACUACAAUAGCACAAAUUGUGACAGUCCACCAGAGAAAGGAUAUUUGAGCGUGGCUGUGGUGAAGAAAUCUGAUCCUAGCAUCACCUGGGACAAUUUACAAGGCAAGAAGUCUUGCCACACGGGUGUCAACAGGAAUGCUGGCUGGAAUAUCCCCAUGGGCCUGAUCUAUACCAAGAUCAACCACUGCAGAUUCGAUGAAUUUUUCAGUCAAGGCUGUGCCCCGGGAUAUCAGGAAAACUCCACCCUCUGUGACCUGUGCAUAGGCCCCAAAAAAUGCGCUCCUAACAGCAAAGAAGGGUAUCACAGUUACACGGGCGCCUUUAGGUGUCUCGUUGAGAAGGGAGACGUGGCCUUCGUGAAAGAGCAGACUGUCUUUCAAAACACCAAUGGGAAGAACCCUGCUGAUUGGGCGAAGAAUCUGAAGGAGGAAGACUUUGAGUUGCUGUGCCCAGAUGGCACCAGGAAGAAGGUGACGGAGGCUGCCAGUUGCCACCUUGCCCGAGCCCCCAAUCACGCUGUGAUCUCCCGGAAAGAUAAGGCCCAAUGUGUCCGCACCAAGUUACUCAACCAGCAGACCGACUUCGGAAGUCACGUCAGCGACUGCUCCAGCAAGUUCUGCAUGUUCCACUCCGAGACCAAGGACCUCCUGUUCCGAGAUGACACCAAGUGCCUGGUCCGGCUUCCCGAGGGCAUCACCACCGAGAAGUACUUAGGAGACGAGUAUAACAAGGCCAUCAAGGGCUUCCGCAAGUGCUCGACCUCAUGGCUCCUGGACGCCUGCUCUUUCCACAAACAUUAAAACCUGAGAGGUGAGGUUCUCCCGGCGAUCGGCCAUUCAAGUGACCCUCAGGCUUCUCCUGGCCUCCACAGCCCGAGGUCCCCGAUGCCAGCCUUGUCUAGUCUUUGCCACGUGCCCCA